UUCAGAGCUCUGAAGGUACAGGUGACACAGAGUGCAAAGCAGUCUAUGUGUCAAGUCAAACUGGAAGGAGCUGAAAACUCAAAGGAGAAGCAUUUACGCACAGGUCCUACACUCAGCUGGGGCGGAAACAAUCUGCGGCUGCAGGUUUGCCACCGGCGGCAAAAAAGGGGACACACACAGCACUGAGGAGGAACUGAGAAUGAAUGACCGCAUUCAAACAAAGUGGCCAUGAGUUUCUGUUGGGAAAGCAUCAAGAUCUGCGGCAAACUGUGCAGGAUUGCCUUCAUCUCCAAAAUCCGGGUUGCAGUCGGUGAUUGGCAGGAGGAGGAGAGUCUGACGGAGGAGCAGAGGAAUGUUGGCAGCCAUUUAGUCUGAGCUCAACAACGGAGGAAACAUGGAUUCUUCACAAAAAAAAUGUAAACACAGUGAUGGAGUGAAAUGUCGGACCUCUGAGGAGGAUAAGGAGGGUUCGGCAACAACAGCAAAAAGAGAUGAAUCACUGAGUUGUGAGCAAUGUGGCAAGACUUUUAUCACAGCAACAAAGCUAAGAAUUCACAAACGUAUUCACACUGUGGAGAAACCAUUCAGCUGUGAUCAGUGUGGAAAGGCUUUUACGACCAAGACUCUGUUAAAAAGACAUCAACUCAUUCACAGUGAAGUUAAAGCAUUCAACUGUGAUCAGUGUGGAAAGGCUUUUAAUGACAAAAGUAACUUAAGACGUCAUCAACUCAUUCACAGUGAAGUUAAAGCAUUCAGCUGUGAUCAGUGUGGAAAGGCUUUUACUCACAAGAGUGCGUUAAGACAUCAACUCAUCCACAGUGGAGUUAAACCAUUCAGCUGUGAUCAGUGUGGAAAGGCUUUUACUGACAAGAGUACGUUAAGAGAUCAUCAAUUCAUUCACAGUGGAGUUAAGCCAUUCAACUGUGAUCAGUGUGGAAAGGCUUUUACUCACAAGAGACACUUAAAAAGUCAUCAACUCAUUCACAGUGGAGUUAAGCCAUUCAACUGUGAUCAGUGUGGAAAGGCUUUUACUCACAAGAGUCACUUAAAAAGUCAUCAACUCAUUCACAGUGGAGUUAAACCAUUCAACUGUGAUCAGUGUGGAAAGGCUUUUACUGACAAAAGUAACUUAAGACGUCAUCAACUCAUUCACAGUGAAGCUAAAGCAUUCAGCUGUGAUCAGUGUGGAAAGGCUUUUACUCACAAGAGUACUCUAGCAAAACAUCAACUCAUCCACAGUGGAGUUAAACCAUUCAACUGUGAUCAGUGUGGAAAGGCUUUUACUGACAAGAGUACGUUAAGAGAUCAUCAAUUCAUUCACAGUGGAGUAAAGCCAUUCAGCUGUGAUCAGUGUGGAAAGGCUUUUACUCAGAAGAUUAUGUUAAAAAGUCAUCAACUCAUUCACAGUGGAGUGAAACCAUUCAACUGUGAUCAGUGUGGAAAGGCUUUUACUCACAAGAGAAACUUAAAAAGUCAUCAACUCAUUCACAGUGGAGUUAAACCAUUCAACUGUGAUCAGUGUGUGAAAACCUUUACUCAACAUGAACAGUUGUUGAUCCAUCAAUGCCCCCAUUCUGGUAGAAAGCGGUACCACUGUGACUCCUGUGAAAAAACUUUCAAGCACCAACAAAGCUUAAAAUGUCACCAACGCAUCCACACUGGAUAUGAUGUGUAUGUAUGUGAUUACUGUGGUGAACUAUUUGUACAGUACUCACAGUUAAAAGCUCAUGAAGUGACCCACACUGGGGUUAAACCAUACAUUUGUGACCAGUGUGGGAAGCGCUACAGCUCCAUUGCAUACCUCAAAGUUCACCAACGUGUCCACACUGGGGAGAGACCAUACAGAUGUGACGAGUGUAAGAAGACUUUUACAACUUUGGGUUCCCUGAAACAACACCAGCAGAUCCACACCAGAAAGAAAGCAUUCAAUCAGUGUCACAGUGAGAACGGAACAGAUGGACAAAACUCUCAGACUUGUCAGCACUCUGCCAAUGGUGAACAGUGCUGCUUUGACCAGUCUGGACCGACGUCCAAUCAACAAGGAACCCUACAACGACACCAGCGUAUGCACACUGGACACAGACUGAACCCCUGCCAAGAAGAUUUCUCCAUGCAGGAUUCAGUAAAAGUUCAUGAAGUCCUCCACAAACUUAAAGUCCUUGAGAUCCGGCUUCACAGAAUUCAGGAGAACAAUGUGAUGAGUGCACCGAGAGAUCCAAUACAGGGAGCUUUCCUUUUUCAAAGAUCAUUAGAAGGACAGAAGACAAACGGAAUUAAAUGGAAGAAUUCUGGGAGCCCCUGUCUUGCCUUCAGAGCAAGUAGUCUGGAACUAAGAUAAACUUGAAUUAAAUGCUCACAGUAAAGGUUCAUUAGCUCUGUAUAGAUUUUGGAGGAUUUCUUGUCAGUCUGUGUGCAUUGUGCAGAAAUGUACAGUGUGGGUGUUAGUGAGAGUUAGACGCUGACAUCAGCUUCUCCUGUUUCUCCACCGGAAGCCUGUGCUGGGCUGCAGAUGAACCAAAUACAUGAAUAGACCGGAUGAAAGGGCUAAACAGGCUAAACAGGUGGUUUUGGUUCAUCCGGACCACGCGGGGGCCAUGAAGUCGGUGGAUGGGGGAAGUGCACAAGUGAGGAGGGGGGAGGAUGUAUGAUGUCAUCGUGUAUGUAAAUUAAAGUGUGCUGUCAUCACGUAUGUAAAUUGAAUAUGAUGUCACCGUAUAUGCAAAUUCUGAAGAGAAGCAGUGAUGUUAUAAAAUGCACCUGUUGGAAUAUAUUUGUUGGGAGUUGUUGUGGGGUAGUCACUUGAUGCAAACCAGACAACAGUUCUGAGCAUGAGGGAUUUUACCACAUAACUUUGGACGGGUGAUUCAACAUGAUCUGCAAAGAAUAUGUGUUCUACUGGGAUUAUGGACUGAAGGACUGCUCUUACUGCUGUUUGAGGAUUCUAAAAAUAACACUGACUGAAGGAACAUUACUGAACUCCAUCAUUUCCAAAGGAAUGACACCAGAGAGGAUUAUAACAAAGUUUUUAUUGGCCCAAACAACAAAAAAGGACACAAGCAGAUCUAAAUCUGGACUGAACUCUCUCUGCUUCCCCCUGGAGGCUCCAAGGCUCGUCGUUCUUCAGGUGAUCAGCCGGAUGUGGCCACACCGUCUGCUCUCCCCCUCCAAAUUACAUAAUGUGGGUGAUUAUUACUCUUCUUCUAUGAAAGCAUAGUAGCAGUUAGGAAUCAUGACGAGCCACUGAAAUAUUAACUAACUAUUGAUUCAUUGUCUGAUGAUUUAAUGGCUAUAGCUAUUUCCCUGCUGAGAUAUAUUUUAAUAAAGCAUUAUCCUGCAAUUAAAA